AGUACUGCCUUGAACAUCAAUCGUCAUAUGACCCAUUCUGAGUUGUCUGGAAAGCUUGGGCCAUAUUUGUCUGUGCUAAAAUAGUUUCGUGGAGUGAGUGUGUGCAGAUAGUCAUCACAGUUUUUGGGACCUGUAAAUACUCCCACACUUCAAAUCCAAAAUGUCGGCGACCGAAGCAAGUCCCAUCUAUGGACCCUUCUUUGGAGUUAUGGGGGCGGCGUCUGCUAUCAUUUUUAGCGCGCUGGGAGCCGCGUAUGGUACCGCCAAGUCUGGUACCGGUAUCGCAGCCAUGUCGGUGAUGAGACCCGAGCUCAUCAUGAAGUCCAUCAUCCCCGUUGUCAUGGCGGGUAUCAUUGCCAUCUACGGGUUGGUCGUGGCUGUGCUGAUUGCGGGCUCCCUGGAAUCCCCACCGGCGUAUACCCUCUUCAGAGGGUUCAUCCACUUGGGUGCUGGUCUCGCUGUGGGCUUCUCCGGUCUGGCCGCUGGGUUCGCCAUAGGCAUCGUGGGUGAUGCCGGCGUCCGCGGUACCGCUCAACAGCCCAGGCUAUUCGUCGGAAUGAUCCUUAUCCUUAUCUUCGCCGAGGUGUUGGGUCUGUACGGUCUCAUCGUCGCCAUCUACUUAUACACGAAACAGUAAAUCUGCCGCACACUCCCCUGCCUCGGGACGCUUUACGCACAGAUAUCGCCGGUAGCAGCAUCCCGAGGCACACCCAUUUUAUUCUGGUUCUAUCUUCCCGCGAGAUCGUAAACGGAAUGGAACUAGAAUGAAGCGCAUAUUCUACAUCUGUAAAUUUGUUAAUUCUCUCUGGUUCUAUUUCCUCCGAGAUCUUAAGUAUUAUAACGUCUACAACGAAAUGGAACUAGAAUGAUGUCGCAUAUUCUCCGGCUUGGCGUGAGCUAGAUGCUGCGCUCGCACCGACGCCCGAGAUGCGACUUGUACAUUUUUAUCUCCCAUUUUAUAACACCAGAUACUAUCCCAAUCAUGGUUGAACCGCUACCGGGCGAUGAGGUUAAUUUAUUUAAUUUUUAAACGGCAACUUUGUGUUACGGUGACCGGAGAUCCUCACCAACAUAUCAAUUUUAUUUGCGUUAACAUCCAUCGCGUAAACUGUUAUAUCUGACGUUAUGAAUUUUAGAUUAUUUUAGCGUUAAGGCGAAACUAAUGUACAGUUAGAGUAGAAAUUUAAGUCCAAACUAUUAAAUAAUUUAUGAACAGUUUAAACCUGUGGUACUGUGUACCGACAAUGCUAUAAUGGAACCUGGCUUGAUUAUGCUGUUUGAAGCUUUCAAUGUUUAUAGUGAUGUACUUAUUCAAGCUAUUUAUAUAUUAGUCUGAGUUGUGUGUCCACUAUGUGACAAUACUAUCUGGAGCGAGUCACAAAAUGUAUUGCCAGGGAUCAGUUAAUAAACAUGAUUUGUACAUUCCAUA